UUAAUUGAGGUGACCUAACCCUCACCAUAAUAAACGCUCAAAAAUCUUCCUAAAACAACACACCAAGAGGGACAGCAAAAUCUCUCUCACUGCAAAUCAUAGAGAGAGAACUUUUUUUUUUUUAUUUCUUUCACUCUUUUUCUCUCUCUAAACAUUCAAGCUUUAGCCUUCAACACAUAUAUAUUUAUAUAGAGAAAGAGAGGGGGAGAUAGUUCUUGUUUUAAGGAUUUGAAAUUAUUAUUAUGGGGGAUGGGAAGAGAUUUGCUGUACUUCUGUGUGCGGAGGAUUCCGAUUAUGUUAAGAAGAGGUACGGAGGAUAUUACGGGGUGUUCGUCGAAAUGCUGGCGGAGGAAGGCGAGGCGUGGGAAGUUUUCAAGGUGGCCAAUGGCGAGUUCCCUGACGAUGAUGAGAUCGCGAACUUUGACGGUUUCGUUAUAACCGGGAGUUGCAAUGAUGCGCAUGGGAACGAUGUUUGGAUCUGCAAAUUGAUUGCUCUUUUGAAAAAAUUGGAUUCACUGAACAAAAAAGUUCUCGGGAUUUGCUUCGGUCAUCAGAUUCUCAGUCGAGCACUGGGAGGAAAAACAGGGCGAGCCAUCUCAGGGUGGGAUAUUGGAGUGACAGCCAUUCAUUUGUCAUCGUCUACAUCAACACUCUUCUCGUCUCUGAAUAUUCCGACCACUCUUUCGGUGAUUGAGUGCCACCAAGAUGAGGUUCGAGAACUUCCACCUGAAGCAGAGGUGAUAGCAUGGUCCGAAAAAACUGGUGUCGAGAUGUUUAGGUAUGGGGAUCAUAUGAUGGGCAUACAAGGCCACCCUGAAUACACCAAAGACAUUCUUAUUCACCUGAUUGACCGUCUGAUGCAGCUCAGCUUUAUCGAAGAUUCAUAUGCUGAUGAGCUGAAAGCAAAUCUGGGGAAAGUUGAGCCUGAUAAGAAUGCAUGGAAGAAAUUGUGCACCAGUUUCCUCAAGGGUAGAUUAUGAUCGAACUUAUGAAAAUUUUCAAAAAAAUGGAUCGUAAAUAGGAACCCAUUUUUGAGAAGUAAGGUUUUUAAGAGUUUAGAUGGAAGUUUAGGGAGGUUGCGAUAGCACAGAUUUAUUAUAUGCUAAGACAACAAAACAAUGAAAUAGCUGUGCGUAGUUUGGAACUUGUGUUCUCCAGAUUUAAUAAAAUUUCCAGGUUUUUUUUUUUUUAACAAUUUCAUUCACAUUUUCAACUGUAAAGUUUAACAAUAUCAAGGUUCAGCCAGUAAAGAUCAAGGUUCAGCCAGUAAAGAUAAAUAUUAUUGAAUCAUUGAAGGGAGUUCAGCUUCAUCAUCAUCAUCAAUAAAAGAGAAACAGAAGUGAAGGGCAAAGACAUUGCAUUGUAGAAGCAACAAAUGAGGCAUAAAUUUAGGCACCCAACAUUGAUCCAGAGUUCUUCCUGCACUCUGACAACAUAUCCAUGUAGAACUGACACUUGCUGAUUUCGUUCCCAUAG